CCCAGCAAUUGUAAACACAUGGAUAAGUUUUAUCAUUUUAAUGUACAUUGUCAAUUGAACACACUUCCGUGUUUCAUAAUUGGACCUUAAUUGAAUGUUUAACAUUAUUAUGAAAUGUUGGUUAAAGUUAUCUCUGUUUUCUCGGUCCUGUGUGCGAUUUGUACAUACGCUAGUGGAUACUAUGAUAAUGACCAGGGUGUUCUGAGAAAAGUUGUUUGUAAUGAAGGAAUGCACAAUUUUAAAAAUGUAAAAUGUGUCCAAGAUGCAGGCGAUGAUCCUAUUGUGAUCGGCCUCCACAAUAUUAUGUUCGGGUACUUGAACAUGUCGACCAACUGUUCGGAAACACAAGAAACGGAAGGUUGUGAAGAGAGAAUGUCCGAUAUCCAAACGGGUUUAAUGCUUGAAAAGGGGUCAGCACAAGUUGCCAUGAAUGCUGUACAAUUUCCGGCGGUUGACAAGUCUCAUGAUUGCAAAGGUUUUGGCGAUAUACCGGAUUAUAUGGCAUUUAAUUUCGAAUGUCUAAAAUCAUCAAGUAUAUCAGACAUAUGUAGUGCGUCUACAAAAACCGGUCAGAAACUAUCUGUCUACAACAAUGGCUAUCCGGCUAUCCGUUCCGUUGAUGGCACGCAUCACUGUGAAUGUAAAAUUACCAGCCCGGCACCGGUUAUUUCAAUUACAAUUUACGACUACCGAUUAAACUGUACUGGUAAUCAACAAAACUUGACAAUUGAACAAGAACAAGGUUCUGUGUUAGUUUCCGUCUGCGACUCUUUCCGAAGUGGACAAUACAAUUCUUCUAAUCAGAAUCUAACAAUGGUGUGGAAAGGACAAAUAAAUUCAAUUGGACUCUUCUGGGUUGGCUUUCAAGCCGCCAGUCAUUUGUCAAAUGUAACAGUUAACUGCUAUCCAAUUUGGGAUCCAACAACUACAACAACAACAACUACUACUACUACCACAAAGUCAACAACCACGAGUAGUUCUUCUUCUACUACUAAUUCCCUUACCCCUUCACCGUCAAUUGCUACAAAUACAUCAAAACCAUCAAAUGGUGUUCAUCAAAGUUCGUCGGCCACAUCAACACAAAAGAUGAACAACGCAGAACAUCAAACUGGACCAAUGCCAAAGACCGUGGUAUAUGCCCUAGCAGGGGGAGGCGGUGGUCUUUUACUAAUACUCGUUAUUGUGUGUGUAAUCGCUGUCAAGAGACGUAAUAAUGUGACGGAAAUUGAAAUUGACCCAUCUCUGAUAAUGAAUACCACACGCGGGAAUAACAGCGUAUCAAGGGGUCAAAUACCAUCUAGGGUAUCUACAACUUCUCAAGGUAAUGCUAAAGAGAAUCGUAGAACAUCAACAGAAAUAGAACUAAAUCAAAGAGGUGUCAAAGGAAGGAAAGCGUCUGAUUAUGAAAUGGACAAAUAUGUCAUGGAUAAAAGAACAUCCAGUCGGAUACAAGACCAAACUGUUUCUGUACCUAAAGUUAAGAAAGUAAAUAGUUAAUUGUGAUUUACGGAAAAAGAGAUCUAUGUACAAUGUUAAACCACUGACAAAUAUAAUAUGGAAAAGAAUUGUAAUCAGGCUGAGUAAAAAGACUAGCUCAAUGUAUAUAGAGACAGGACAAUAUUUUCUGGUAUAAAAUGUAAUCCGGGUGCAUCAGUUACUAUUAAAAUUGAAUGAGCAAUCAUUUAAUUUAUUUACACACAUGCUCAUCAUUCAUCCAUUAGAUGAAAUUGAAUUCUCAUUAGAUAGUAUUUUAUCAUAACAUUUUAGUUUAAACAUAUUUAUAUAUUGAAUACAUACAAAAAGCAUGUUCAAUAAUUGCACAAAUCAAAACGUAUAUUCAAAGAAAAGGAUUUGAAACGGAUCACAAAUUCUUAUAAAAUUCUCCUAUGGCCCGUUCUUCACUUCAGUGUUGUUAUAUUUUUCUGGUACUUCGGGGUCAUUGAUUCCAGCACUUUUAAAUGUUCAGAAAUUGAGAACCGCUGAAACCGAUAGUACGGAGAUGGGGCGUGAGAGAUGUUGCAGUUUUUCAUUAUAUCUCAUGUACAGACUCAAUCAAACUGAGUCUGCAAUUUUCAUGUAAUUUUGCUGAUUUUAAUGCUUCCGAGGGAUCACUUUUUCCAGAUGUUUUCAUAUUUGAGACAAAUAGCUGUCUACUGAAGCAAAAGUGUUCCUUGUGUUAUUGUAUUGUUGUUGUUGUUGUUCAUUUAUUUGUUUUGACGAUGUUGCUUCUUUGUCGUCGUCAACGCCGUUGUUGCUAUUGCUAUUGUUGACUUCGUUGUGUUGUUGUUAUUGUAUCAUUUGCAUGAAAACAACUUAAAAUCAUGUAAUCAACUGAAUGCUCUAUAUGGUAGCUUUAAGAUAAUUUUAUGACAAUAAAACAGAGAUCAAACAAAA